AUGCCGCGCGUCAGCCUCUGGCGCGCGCGUGACGCCGAGAGGAGGGCAGAGCAGCAGCGAGAGCCCAACUGUUUCUCCGGCCGCUCGGUGCUGGCGUUACGGCCCUUCGUCUGCCGGAUCCCGCCGGAGUUCUGCGGCAUUCCCGUGGCUGUCAGCCUUAACCUCCGGGGGAACGACCUCGCCGGCGUGAUCCCGCAGGUGGGCUCGCUCGUCAACCAGGGCCCCACCGACUUCGACGACAACCCGAGGCUAUGCAGUGAGCACUCACUCAGCUCCUCGCUCUCACGAUUAUUGGUGCGAGCAUCGAUCGAUCGGUCACUGACGCCUUUGGAACCGGCAUCUGAUUUGCAUUUGCAGACUCGGGGCUGCUUCGGGUUCGGCCACCGCACGGCGUACCUGGCCAUCGCCUACUUCGACCGCUUCUUCCUCCGGCGACGUGUCGAUAGGGCGGCCAUGCCGUGGGCGGCGCGCCUCCUGUCCGUGGCCUGCGUCUCCGUGGCGGCCAAGAUGGAGGAGUACUGCGCGCCGGCGCUGUUGGAGCUCGACGCCGGCGGCGGCUACGAGUUCUGCUCCGCCUCCGUCCGCCGGAUGGAGCUGCUCGUGCUGUCCACGCUCGGCUGGCGCAUGGCCGCCGUUACGCCGUUCGACUACCUCCCUUGCUUCUCCUCCCGGCUCGACCGGCACGACGGCCGCGGCGGCGGCGGGCAUGACCCCGCCCGCGUCGCCCUCAAGUCCAUCGGCUCCAUCUUUGCCACAGCCGAAGCCGGCAGUGUGCUGGAUUACAGGCCAUCUACUGUGGCUGCAGCUGCAAUCUUGGCUGCAUCCUAUGAAGCUCUACUGACCAAAGAAGCACUGGAGUCCAAGAUGGACAAUCUAUCUCCAUCAUGCCCCAUUGAGAAGGAGCAUGCACAUGCCUGCUACAGCAUGAUGGUUGACGACUUGAAAAGCAGAAUUAUGAGCCAUGGCAAGAGAUCAUUGCCAUGUUCAGACUCCAAUGAAGUUGCCAUCAGUACAUAUGAUUCUGUUCUUGUUGAUGAUGUUGCCGACACCGCCGCCUUCAUCGCAGCUGUGUCGGAGAUGAACAAGCAGAUCAGACUGGCAGCUGGAUGGCGGCAUCGUGUACAGGGUCGUCCCCGGCCGCGGCACCGACGUAGCCGCCGCCGUCUCAGUGAGCCCAACGACGGCGAUGGCACUGAGUCCGGGUGGCGCCGGCGCCGUGCCUUUGAGGCCGAGGCUGCACCCAUUGCCUAUGUUGCCACUGCCGAGCACGGAGACGCGGCCACAGCCUUGCAUCCGCAGAAGAGAUGGUUGCGUCCAGCAGGAUUCCUCGUCGUAUUCCGUGGCUGGUGUUCAUCAUUUGGUGGAGGCUCAGGACAGAGUAGCGCCGCCCGCUGCAGCUCGACGGGUGGCACAACAAUGAACGAGAGACCAUGAGAACACUGAUGAGGCCAUGGAGUGGAGGCGCUCGAAUGGGCAGCUCGGCAACAUCGUCGGUGCGUAGAAAACCAGUCUCAGCGACGCGACAUCGUCGCCGGUGGAAUUGAGAAAAUAUUGAUAGCGGCCAUGCGGCUUCUACUUGACGACUCGGUGCGAUGGCCGCGGCCGUGUGGCUUCCCUCGGCGACUCCACAACUCGGCGCGAAGACGGCGACGACGGCUUCCAGUCGACAACUCGGCGUGUGCGCUCGGCGAUGGCCACUUCCCUCGGCGACUUGGCACACAUGGACGGCGGCGGCCGCUUCCCUCGGCGACUUGGCACGCAUGGACGGUGGCGGUUUCAACUUGCCGACUCAGCUCGAUUCCGCUGCAGCUUUCGUUCGUCGAGUCGGCGAAUAUCAGUUGCGAUGAGUAUCCGUAUAUAAUCGUGUUUUCAUAAAAACAUGUUUAGUAGUUUUUCAUAAAACGCAUAUUCCUGGCUUUGUGGAAAUUGAAUCUUGCUAAUCCACGUUUUUACU